UCGUUUGGUUUUUGGUCGAUACAGAAAUAGAAACAUGUUGACGGAGCAGGAUCUUUUACGGUUAAACGGGAAUAAUUUACGAGCGCCCAAUAAAAUUCAAAGAAUUUGUCGUGUGGAAUUGAUAAAAAGAGUUAAAUCUAUGUUGCUGAUCGUGUGGAUUGCGCAAAGUGCGAUAAUAACCGAUGCAGCUACAGUCGACUGUUCCAGACCACCGUUGUAUGCACACCCCAAAGACUGCUGUCGUAUGCCACCUCUUCUGGAUGACAAUUUGCUUCGCAGCUGCAAACAAAUCCACGGCGGGGAAAAACUUACCCGUGGUCUAAUUCACGAGAGAGGAAGUUGCUUCAUCGAAUGUGCCAUGAAUGCAACCGGAACCAUUGUUAAUGGCGUUUUGGACCAAACGAAGAUUGUGCAACAGAUUGCGUCUCGAACCGGAGGAAGUGGUUCCGCAUUGGCACAGGCCAUGAUAUCGAGUUGUAACAAGUGUUUCCAGGCCUUACCUCCCGCUAUAAGCAAUCGUCCCUUUGACAGCAAGCAUUGCCGACCGACGGCUUCAUUUUUCGUCAGUUGCGUGAACAUGGAAAUGUUCAAGGCAUGCUUACCUGAAUAUUGGACGAACAGCGAACAGUGCAAUGCUCUACGAUUACAUAUCACAAGUUGUCCCAUCCCAGUUCGGUGAUAUGUCCAGCAGAAUCAGAUAAUUUUUAAGAAUUUGUUUAUUAGAUUAUAGAUAGCAAUAAUUACAUUAGUUGAUUAUGUACACAGCAAAUUUGUUAAACUCGUAUCUACGCGUAGAAAAUAUAAA